CUGCUUGCUGACGUGUCGCCUCCCAUCUCAGUACUCCUACUCACCACUCAAACCUGCCAGCAUGGCAGCAAAACACUUUUACCGAAAAGGCUUUUUAUUACUUUUAUUUAAUUUUAUCUCAACCGCCGCCUUGGAGAAGCGAUUCUCCGAUUUUAAGAGAUGUGCCGACGAGGAGUGCAGCUUGCUUCUAUGUCGUGGAAAAGCAGUGGAAGAUUUCUCAGGACCGGACUGUCGGUUCUUGUCAUUCAAGAAAUCAGAAACUGUCUAUGUAUACUACAAAUUGUCCGGCAGAAGGGCUGACAUGUGGGCCGGGAGUGUUGGAAGUCAAUUUGGUUAUUUCCCAAUGGACCUCUUGGCUGUCAACCAUGUUUAUACAGAUAAAGAAGUUGAAGUUCCAACAGAGCAAACGGAUUUUGUCUGUUUCGACACAGGAUUUGACCAAUUUCACAACUAUGAGAUAGAUUCACUGUUGGGUUUUCCAACAGUGAAGAAUUAUGAUGAAAAUGAACAGAAUUUUGUCAAAACCCAAGUUCCAGAGCAUACUGCAAAAGACAUAAACCGACCAGAGGAGGCGGCGAUGAAUGACAGUGAAAUAGAAGCUGAUGAAAUUGGCAGGGACACAGAUAAUCAAAGUGCCUCUUUUCUUCAACUUGAUAUGGAAAAAGAAUCUCAUGAAGAAAAACUGCCUGAUACAGAAGUUACACCCAACGACACCGACCAUGCUGCUGAUGACGGAAUGAAUGAGCAAAUAACCACCAAAGAAAUUUUUCUUGAAGAUGCAGAGUCAGAGAAGCGAGAUGUUCACAAAGAACACGAGGAGGAAUCGCUACCCGAAAAUGAUCCUUUGUCGGAACACAUUACAACCCCAACUUCUCAAGAAGAGACAAUCUCUGAGUUAAAAACAACCUUUGGAUCAACUUUUGAUGCUGUCACCAUAGAUGCUGAAGCCACCAUGAAAGUUACGCCUUAUGAACAAGAGGAUAAUGAAUUUCUUGAAGAUCAUUCUGAUCAACAUGGUGAUACCUAUGAGGCAAAACCAACUCUGUUGCUUUCUUCUUCAGAGGGAAAAGCUGACACUUCCAUGAUUGCACAGGAUGACAAAUCAAAACCUGAUGAUGAAAAGGUUAAGGUUGUAUCAAAACUUUUUGGUGAUGGUGUUUCUAAUGAAGCAAUCAAUUCAGAAGAAGACUCAGAGGACGAAACAUUUCUUAGUCAUGAGGAACCACCAAAAGACGCAGCACCAAAAAAUGUCCAUCCAGUUGGAGAUUCACCUGAUUCCAAUUUAGAACUUCCUACAUAUACUGAGGAGCCAGAGAACCUAGUAUUCCAUCCAGGGUCACUAAAUUCUCAUUCCGAUGAUCCUGGAGAUCACGCAAAGUCAGAGAACUCAGAGAACCUAGUAUUCCAUCCAGGGUCACUAGAUUCUCAUUCCGAAGAUCCUGGAGAUCACGCAGAGCCAGAGAACUCAGAUCAAAUCCUUACAGAUACACCACAUUCUCUUGAUCCAAGAGAAUCAGUGGUUGAGGAACUAUUGUUUGAUCUUGAAGAUGAUGAUGCUGGUGGUCUAGCGAAUAAACAUGAGGAAACUCGAGCUGAACAGCCGAAACCUACUGAUGAAACGGUACAUACAUUUGAUUCUGUAUUGCACAGGGUAGCCCAAGCGGAAUUACACAGGAAAUUACCAGAUGGACAUAAUUUGGAGAAAGAGGUGACCGAGGAUGAAGAAAAACAUGACAACAGCAUUGUAAUGGAGGAUGACUUGAAAGAAGUUUCCCGUGAAAAUAAAAUUGAAAUACGUAAAGAAAUAAUCCAACCUGAAAAAAACAGAGAGGUGUCUUUAGAGGAGAUUGAGUCAUUUAGCGAGCUGAACAAUAUAGCAGCAAGAGAUGAUGUCCUGCCCCAAGAGUCACAUAUUAAUGAUGAAGCGCUUCAUGUGAAGGAGAAGAACACGGAGAUGGAUGAGAAUAAAUAUGAGGAAAGAGAAGACUUAUUUGAAGAUGAAAAUGCACUUUCGUUCUCUCAGUCAUACGACGCAGACACUGUGAACGCCUCGCCGACGACAUGUCCACAUGUUACCUCGAGUCCUGAGCUGGUGUACAGCGACAGCGUCCUGAGGCUGACUCUGCUGCAGGGUUAUUACACUGAAGAGAAGAUGCUGCGUUUCCAGAAGUUUCUGGGACUCAAGAAUCUCUACAAAGUGGAGUCCAUGUUCUCCAACAUGGACACUGAGUUACAAGCUACUCGUCUUGCACAUUCAGGGACGGUGCAAGACCUCGAAGAGGCACUUGAGGGCAUCUUUGAAACUUCGGAAAAUACCAUCCUAGAUGAAAUUGAGAAGAUUCUGGAUAGUCGGCACUCAAAAUAUGACGAUGAGCAGCGGAUGGGUCUGAUAGAUGACGAAACACAAAUACUGGAUGACUUCCAGGAGCUGGCAUUUAAUCUAAGACAGAAAUAUUCUGCAGCAAGCGACAGCACAACUUUGGUGGAAGAGAAGAUAGAAGUUAAUAAUGACCAGGUCAUUGCAAACAAACCAGACAUGAGCGGCAAAGAUGAUUUGCCUCACAUUGAUGAAGUUGAGAAGAAACCCGACAUGUCAUUGUUGGAGAGUGAUGAUAACCGUACAGUAACCGAUCUUGAGAAAGACCCCGUGGGGAUUGAUAGAGAACCGGAGAUCAGCUUGGACGAAGAGCAUACUACACCGGCUAUGAGUGUGGGGGAAGAUGGCGGACACUUCAAUAAAAACAAAGAAAACCAGCCAAGUUUCAGCGUGUCAGAGGAGAUGCAGAAGUUUCCUCAAGCUGCUUUGGAGAGUCCCUUGGACAAGGGCCUUGGGGAAGUGGAGCACGCACCCUCAGGGUCUUUGGAAUCCAUCAAGCCUCUGUCUGAAUUUCCUGAGAAAGAAGUGGGAUUGCUCUCAGAUGUGGUCACGUUUCUGGGUUGUGCAGCUACAGUUGUCAAGGCAAAAGUUGCAGAGUGGACUGUUCUUAUGAUUUCACUACUGCCAGAAGAGUGGAAGCCUGAGGAAACCUUGUUUGGCUGUCCGUGGCAGGCUGUCAUUAUCACUGCUGUGGUUGGCUUACUGACCUUUAUCAUCUUCUUCUGGAAAACUGUGCUAGUGGUAAAAAGAAGAGAAUAUCUUGUGGAUGAAAAGCAACUGGACGAACAAAUCCAAGCACUUAAAAAAGAGAAGAAUGACGCACUGACCCGAAUGAAUGAACUCCAGAAACAGACUGAAGAGCUGAAAGAAACCCAAAAGGACUCUGUAGAGACUGUUAAUUGUGCAUUGAAAAACAAGCAAAAAUUGGAGAGUCAAAUUUUGGAGGCUGAAAAAAGAUAUGAGCGCAUGGUAGAGGAAAAGAAGACCUGCCAAAAACUGCUUGAUGAAGAAAAAGAAAAUUCACUGCAAAUUGGAAAUCGGCUUAAAAAAUUGGAGAAGUCAAACGAGAAGCUCGAGCUGAGCAGAAAAAAAGCUCAGGAAGCUUUAGCUAAGACAACUGUCCUCUUGGAUGAGGCUAAGAUCCGAGAAGAUGCACGCAGUGUUCAGCACAGAUCUCUUGCAAAGGAGUAUGCGGGGCUUAAAGACGAAAAUAAAAAUCUUAAAGGAACCAUGAAAGAUUGGGAGGACAAACAUACAGCGCUGAGCGAGCAGAUUAAAGUAUACCAGAAGGCUCAGAAAGAGUUGGAGGACUCCGUGGUGCUCAAAGAUCACAAUGUGGAGGUUUUGUCCGAACUCCUGGCAGACCUUGACGCCUGCGAGUUGCAAAAAAGCAACGGCAAGGUAUUGGUGAAUGGCGAAGUAGCACCUGAUAAGAAGACUGCAGUAAAGAACAGGAUCAAACAGAUGAUGGACGUCUCCAGGGUCCAGACCACACUCACGGUGAUCGAAGAGGAGCGUGACCGCUUCAUGUCCAAACUGCUUAAUGAGGAAAAGAGUAGAAAGGCUCUGGAAGAAAAGCAUCAGGAGCUCGAACAUAACAUUGCGACGCUCAAAAGUGAGAAGAGCCACGUGGAAAGCCAAUUCAAAGUCCUCCAGCAGAAGAAUGAAAUCAUGGUGGAAAUGUACCAGCAAAAGGAAAACGCUCUGCAACAGAGGCUCACCAAGGAGGAGCUCGAGCGCCGCUGCAAAGAGGACAUGCUGUCCAAGGUGGGAGGCAAAGCCGUGGAGGCCGAGGAGCAAGUCAAAGUUCUGCGUCAGCGCAUUAAUGAGAUGGAAGAGCAGAUGAAGAAGACUGAAGAAGUCUAUAAGGAGCAGAUAAAAGAACAGGAAAACAAGACUCACUCUAACUGGGUGAACGCUCGCAACGCAGAGCGGGCUUUGAAUCAAGAGAAGCUUGAAUCCUCCAAGCUGCGUGAGAAGUUGGCUGCACUGACCUCACAGCUGAAUGAGCGACGAGCGCCUCUCUUUAGACCAAACUCGGGACAAGCUGCUGGUCCUCGCCAAGGCGAUUCAUACGGGCCCUCCCCAGUGAGUGGGGGGGCGCCAUCCCCCCCAUUAAUGAUUGAGGGUCCCAGGCGCCCUCCCUCGGCCCCAGUGGGGCGAAGAAUUGAUCCGUACGGUCCUCGCCCGCCAUCAGACCCACACAGUCGUUAUCCUGGGAUGGACAUGUCGGGCCCGCGCAGUUCAUCACCUGCCAACAUGGAUGGUUCUGAGACUCAAGAAGUAGAUCCACACACAAAAGGCGAGGCUGAGGCCUCCAAAGAGGCUGCGGAGUCAGGUCCCGGAUCCUUUCUAGCAUCACCCAUCAGGGACUCGCCGGGCUCCUUGAGUCAAGGACCGCCGCCACCUGGUCCCGGACUCCAUGAUCCACCCUUCCCUACAGGACCUCACAGCCGUUUGCCACCCGGUGGUCCCUACAGACCUUCGAGACCACCCCUCUACCAUCCAGCACCUGGACCCCAUGGUCCUCCAAAUGCGCUUCUCGGGCCUCCGCUAUCUGCCAACGGACCCCCGGGUAUGUCGCUGUCUGGGCCGAUGGGGGGAGACUUUGGGCCUCGCCCCGCCAACGGACACUCAUUCCACCCUGGGCCAGGACAUGUCAUCCAUCCUCGGGGUCCUCCCCCACCGCCGUUCCGUCCGCCUCCAGGCCAUCAUUUUGGGCUGAUGCCACAUGGUCCACGCGGGCUUAUGGGUCCACCCCCACCAUUCCCUCAUGACAUGCGCUUCCUAGGACCGCGCGAGCACAGCGGGCCCCCAGCGGACCUGCCUCCGGUUGUACCGCCCAAUCCGGGUCACAGCGAAGCCUUGGGUCAGCCUCCAGCCGGUGCCCCUCGUGGCUCGGUGGGAGGGCCGCCCCCGAAGCGGGAGGCCUCUCAGGACUCAGCGAGGCCGGCCAUGGUCGAGCCUUAAAAAAAAAAAAAAAAAAUGAAAAAUGCUACAGACUGUUGCAGUUUACUUGAACACUCCCCACAACCAUGUCAUGUUAAACACAAUUAAGUUCAUAUAUACCACGACUUUCAUAUUUCAGCCUUGUAAUAAAAAAUUAAAUGCUAUUUA